AAUAUUACCCUAAAAGCCCUCUUUGAGAAUUUGUAAAUGAAUAGGGGCUGAGUAACCAGAGUUGCUUCGCAUAUAAUGAUGUAAAAACGAAAACACUCAAAAAUACACACAAUUGUAAUCUUUGCCGGAACUUAUUUAGGGUUCCCAAAUCCCAAAGUCAACCUACAAUUCGGCGGAAGUAGCUUAGUCUUCUGGAAAACGAUUUACGCAAAAUUGAACAGAUGUUAUGGGCGUAUCCUCCUACAAGGCGGCAAUUGGUGGCGACGGCGGUGGGGGUUAGCAUCGGUGUAACAAUGAUAAGUGUUGGAGCGUACCUCUCCUUCGCCAAUAUUGCUCCUCAGCAAGCCCGUGCUAAAGCCCGUAGUGACUUCCUCAAACAGCGUCUUCGCAAAUUCUUGGACGAUUGAUUUGAUUCGCACCUGCAGUCUUUGCCUUCAUUUUAUGCACUGUUUUGAUUUUAUAGGUUGAGGUUUCAUUUUCACUGUUGGUAGAAUCAUGGAAUAAAUUAAUUGUAAAUGUCUUGAGUUGAUUAGAUGAGAGAUUUAGUCAUUCUGUGAUUAUUGGUGAUGGUAUUGAAAUAUAGUACAAAUCCUUCAAUUUCUGCAUUUCUGGGAAA